AAAACCUUUUUUUAAUGUGGUUUCAGACAAAGGGGGUGAAGUGAAAUGAGGUGCGUGAGGACAAGACAGGCCCACGAAUCUCGGCGACCCGGAGAGGUCCAACGUGGGCUAUGGUUAUGGGCGAUGUUUGGCCACGAAGGGCACAUCUUUUUCUAUCUUCCGUCUUCCGUUUGAUGUGCGAGCGUAGUGGGUGCUGCAAAAAACUUGGAAACGACAAGGCGCGCGGAGCAGAGAGGCCCAUAUUGCAUCCCCUCCCCUCUGUCGAUGUGGACUGGGCGGUGGUAGUGGUGGUGGUGGUGGUGGUGGUGAUUAGUUAUGGAGGUCAGGACAAGCGAGUUGAAGCCAUCGGAGAGGUGAGAGGAGGAGUGGGGGGAUCCUUUUGCCUGCCUGCGCCAUUUAUUUUAUCGGUCGCGAGGAUGACGAUGAUGGCGGUAAAACAAAAGAUAGAAAGUGGGUCGUGCCUGACGUGAGGCGGCGACCAUAACUUCCUCCCUCCCCUUCGAGAUCGACAUCAAAUUUCCGGCCUUUCUUGGGUCUGCCCUCCCUGCCCGUUAUGCUGUCUGGAUUGCAAUCCUAGAGGGCUUUAGAGGUUUCGACCGCAGAUAAUUUCUCCUUUAUGGACAGUGCAAUGGGGGAUGAUGAUUCCUAUUCAAAGUCUGUUGGAAGAUGGUCGGUCUUUUAUUACGGUGCGGGGCAUAUGCUCAAUGACAUCACUUCAGCCUGUUGGUUUACAUACCUCCUGCUGUUCUUGACGGACAUUGGAUUGUCCCCGAGAGAUGCAGCAGUUGUUAUGCUUUCAGGCCAAGUGGCUGAUGGACUUGCGACAAUAUUUUCUGGUGAACUGAUAGACAGGUUUGGACAUUUCAAAGUGUGGCAUUUGGCAGGAUCCAUUUUGGUUGCCAUCUCCUUUUCUUCAGUUUUUGGUGGUUGCAUACCUUGCAACAUCUUUGGUAGCGAUUCACUGACGAUGGAAACAAUUGGAUAUAGUGUAUUUGCAGCAAUCUUCAAUGUGGGUUGGGCCGCUACUCAAGUGUCGCACAUGUCUAUGAUUAAUUGCAUUACGCUGAAUUCAACAAGCAGAGUGGUGCUUGCUAGUUGUCGCAAUGCUUUCACCAUGGUUGCCAACCUGAGUCUGUAUGCUGUAGCUGGAAUAGUCUUCACUACAACGAGUUCAAACACUCAUGACGAUAUUGAAAAUCAAUAUCGCUGGAUAGCAUAUUUAUCAAUAGCUGUUGGAUGUUGCUUCGUGGGCAUAUUUCAUCUUGGAACCAGAGAGCCACGGUUGAAAGCCAAUGCUUGCGUGGGCAACCAAGCUAGAAUUUCAUGGGAUUACUGGUUCAAGAAAGUUUUGUACUACCAAGUUGCUCUUGUUUAUGUGCUUACAAGAUUAGUUGUCAAUGUUUCCCAGGCAUAUCUUGCUUUCUAUGUCAUUAAUGAUCUGCGGAUGAUCCAGUCAGCCAAAGCUCUGGUCCCUGCCGUUAUUUAUGUUUGCAGCUUCUUUGUAUCCGUCAUGCUACAGGAGGUAGCUUGGACUGGACAACGACUGAAGGCGUACUAUUCUACAGGAGGCAUUCUCUGGGUAUUUUGUGGCGCAGCAAUAUUCCUGUUACCAAGAAAUAUGAGUUGGUUCGUGUAUGUUUUAUCGAUAUUUAUUGGCGUGGCGAAUGCUCUCAUGAUGGUGACUGGGAUAAGCAUGCAGAGUGUCUUAGUUGGUGAAGAUCUAAAUGGCUGUGCAUUUGUGUGUGGAUCCUUGAGCUUUUUGGACAAAAUGGCAUGUGGGCUCACUCUUUAUAUUCUUCAAUCAUAUCAAACCACCUCAAAACAAGCUCAGGGACACCUUGCAACGGAUGUCUACGUUUCAGUAUCAAGAUUUGGUUUGGGACUUGUGCCAGCAUUUUGCUCACUUGUAGGAGUGGCUAUUACAUACAGCAUGAAUCUCCAUCCACAAAAUUUGAAACAUACAUUGGUACCUUUAUUGGAGUAAAUCCUGAAUCCUCAGAACCAUUGUAUCUCUGAAAAGAACUCUGUAGUGCAACCCAGAUAAGAUGGAGAAACCUCAAGUGUCAACAGCGGAGGGAAGCUACAUGAUCAGGGAUGAGCAUAUUAGAUUAUUCAAAUUUAUUGAUUGCAAUGGCAAGGGAAUUCUUGGUGUUGUUCAUGGCUAUCCAUAGAAUUAGUUUUUUUUUUUUUUUUUUUUGGGUACGUAUUUAUAGAACUAGUUUGUAUCAUGGGCUAAUUGUCAAAUUCCACGAGAAUGCCCUUUUCUUGUGGGUUAUAGAGAACCUUUUUAGUUUUUCAAAUUCAAUUACAGAUCUGUUAUUGUUUAUAUUCUAUAGAGAUGGUAAUGUAUAUAGCUCUGGACCAUAGGAGAGUGUAUAAAGAUUUUUAAGAAAGUAGUCUGAAAUCUACAAUCGUCUGUCUUUUCCCUUAAUAAAGACAAAUCACUUGGUUA